AUGAAAGAUCUCGUUGCCAAGCAUUCAACUCACGUCGAGCUGAAGAAUCCACAAAAGUCACAGGGGCUUCCACAGCAGGAGGCAACAAAGAGGCUGGCAAAGUACGGUCCAAAUCAGAUCACGCCGCCUAGGCGCACACCUGCAGUAUGGCGCUUCGUUCAAUGCUUGGGGAACUUGUUCAACGUUUUACUGGGUGCAGCGGGUAUAGGCUACUUGAUCACUUACGCCAUCAAACCCGUCGAUUACUUUGAGAAUGCUUACAUCGGGUGCAUCCUCAUCGGUGUUGCCUUCAUCAAUGCCGGAAUCGAGUUUUAUGAAUUGCAGAAAAUUGCGGCGAUUUUGGCAAGCUUUACAUCGCUCAUUACAGCUCAUGCUGAGGUAGUCCGUGAAGGGAAACUGGAAACAGUGCAGGCACGAUAUCUGGUUCCAGGCGAUCUGGCUUAUGUUCGUGCCGGGGGGAAAGUGCCUGCAGACCUCAUUAUUGUGCAUGCGUCUGAUUGCAAGCUUGACAUGUCAAGUCUGACCGGCGAGACAGAACCAGUGGGCCGGCAGGCGCUAGAACGCGGAAGUCCGGAAGGCGUCGAAGCCAUCGACGCCCCAAACGUGGCAUUCAAUGGCAGCGUAGUCGUCUCAGGGGAGGCAUAUGGGAUUGUGGUGAAGACGGGCGACUCGACCGUCCUUGGUCAGAUUGCCUCGUUAACGAAAGCGGAAAAGAAAAGACGGUCACCACUUUCGUCCGAAAUUCAUCGGUUUUGCCACACCAUAUCCGUCCUCGCGACGCUAACGGCUCUCAUCUUCUUCCUAUUCGCCGUUGCACGGACGCGUAACACCAACUACGCGCUGAAUUUCGGCAUCGGGAUUCUCGUCGCGUGGAUUCCACAAGGCCUUGCCGUAACCGUUACGAUGUUACUGACAAUUGCUGGACGACGAAUGGCAGACAGGAAUGUACUUGUCAAAGACUUGCAUGGGGUGGAGACUCUCGGAGCAAUUACGAUGCUGGCGACGGACAAAACAGGCACUAUCACGAAAAACGAGAUGACGGUUACGAAUGUAUUUACCAACAAUAUGAUGUGGUAUGCUGGUCCUGGAGGAGCAAAGGAAUGUCCAGUUGGGGAGCGACCGCUUCGAAUGGACGCAAGUGGUAUCUCUGUCAUUCUGCAUAUGGCAGCGACUUGCACAACAGCCAGGUUCGACCGGACGGAUGUCAAGCCAGAAGAAAGGCACAUUGCAAAUAGAGCAGUAUUGGGAGAUGCUACCGAGGCUGGCCUGCUGCGUUGGGCAGCAAGCAAGCUCAUCAACAUAGAUAAGCUUCCAAGCCUGUACCCCAAGGUUUUCGAGCUGCCCUUCACCUCCGACACAAAGUGCCAUCUCACCAUACACCGCAAGGGGCACAUGUCGGGAGGUCUGACCCUUCACAUGAAAGGUGCUCCCGAAGUUAUCUGGAGUCGGUGCACCACCAUAUGGGUGGAAGGGAAAGUGGUCCCCAUUACCGAAUUUGAGCGAAAGAAGUGGGCGGAUGGACAUGCGAAGAUGUGUGAGCGAGGCCAUCGAGUGCUUGCGUUUGCGAUGCUGCAGCUGAGCGGAGCGAAGUAUCCCGACAACUGGAAGUUCGAGCGUGAGAAGGAAAACUAUCCGACCUCGGAUCUGACAUUCGUCGGCCUCGUAUCUCUGGAAGACCCACCGAAGUCAGGGGUGCGCCAAGUCAUCGGUACGAUGCGAACAGCGGGGAUCAAAGUGCUGAUGGUGACUGGCGACCACCCCAUGACGGGAGAAGCCGUCGCUCGCAAAGUCAACAUCAUCACCAGCCCAGAGCCCAGUUACCUUGAUUCACCGCAAGACUUGCCGAUCGCUAGCCCUUCGAGGGGGAAAGAUGCUUCUUGUGUGGUGGUGUCCGGCUCCGUCAUCCCGCAUUUGACGGACAGUGAUUGGCUGCAUAUUCUGCUGCAUGAGGAGAUUGUGUUUGCACGCACGUCGCCGAUGCAAAAGCUGGAUUUGGUGACGCGUGCUCAAGCUCUAGGGCACAUCAUUGGCGUGACAGGUGAUGGCAUUAACGAUGCCGCAGCUUUGAAGAAGGCGGAUCUUGGCAUUGCAAUGAACAAGACUGGGAGUGAUGUGUCCAAAGAAGCGGCUGGAAUGAUUCUUCUGGACGAUGAUUUCGCGACGAUUGCAAAAGGCAUUAUUGAAGGGCGACUUAUCUUUUGGAAUCUGAAGAAAGCCAUCAAAUACUCUCUCAGUCACAUCAUGGCCGAAGUCGUUCCCUAUCUUCUCUACGUCCUCGUGCCAAUCCCACAAGCGCUGACCUCGAUCCAGAUCCUCGCGGUCGACCUUGGCUUUGAGCUCUUCAUGACCAUAUCCUUCGCAUUUGAUCCACCGGAAGACGCAGAGCUUCUCAUGAAACUGCCCCCUCGGCGGCCGGUAACACAGGAAAGCAUCAUCACAACGAUGCAUGCCCGCAGGAUGCAACGGGACGCUAGGAGACGCGCACUGGAUAAAACUAUUUCUGCGGAGGCUGGCGACGCGGGACCGGAAGAGGACGCCGAUGAAGGCGGUGUGCGGUCCUCCUCGCAGGAAGGCACGCCACUGGGCUUAGCUGGAUAUACAGAAUCCCACAUGUUGAUGAAUCGUCUGGUCGACGAGAACGCGGAGCUACUUAUGGAGGACAUCCAGGGCAGAGAAGGAGAUGGUGCGGCGUCCGACGCUGCAGCUCUGCGCAUUCGGUCCAAGUACGAGCGCCUGUGGUUUGAAGUCCGCGCCAUCCUCACGCAGCCGGGAUACUGGCGCGCGCAAUACCGGGCGUGGCGUGAUCUGACGCAAGGGUUCAUCGUGGGUGAACGCCUGGUAGAUGGCGAAGUCAUGUCCUGGGCGUACUUGGAGGCUGGGCUGAUAGAGUGCUGUGGAGCGAUUGCGACCUUCUUUGCGGUGCUUUGGUUCUCUUUUGGGAUUUCUGGACUUGAUGCUGUAAGGGCGCAGAAAGGGAAGAAGUACUUUCUCCCACAUAGCCCAGAUUUCGAGUUGUCCAGUGGUGCCAUCCUGGAGGGAGAUUCCCAGUUCCAAGCGCUCAAGCAAGCACAGAGCAGUUUUUACCUUUCAAUCCUUAUCAUUCAAAUCUGGAACUUGUUUGCAUGCAAGGCUCGGCUACGCUUGCCGUUCGGGAAGUUUAUGGUCGAGAACCCUAAAACAUGGUUCGCUAUAUUUGGCGGCACAGCUGUCGGCUUUUUCAUAGUCUAUAUGCCGUUCACAAAUGCUGUCUUCUUGACCUCCAUGAACCUGGACCCCAUCUACCUUCUGAUCCCGAUGAGCUUCGGAGGACUGCUUUUGGUCUACUCUAUAGUGCGAAAGCUUAUAAUGUGGAAAGGUACCGAGACGCUUCUGCGGAAAACCUCCUAA